AUGCUUCCACAAGAUCAAACCGACAAUAUCAUCACUCACAAGAAGCUAGAAGGACGAGUCAGCAUCGUUACAGGUUCUGGCAGUGGAAUGGGAAAAGCUAUCGCUCUCCUUUUUGCACAACAUGGAUCUAAAGUGGUAGUCACAGAUGUGAGUGAGCAACGAAUUAAGGAAACGCUUGAUGAGAUUCAACAAUUGGGAGGUGUUGCCAUUGGAGUGUGUGGAGAUGUUUCCAAACAAGAAGAUGUCGAUCGUCUGUUCCAAGAAACUCUCUCACAAUUUGGAACGUUAGAUAUUCUCGUAAACAAUGCAGGAAUCAUGGAUAACUUCAUUCCAUGUGGAGAUAUCACUGAUGAAGUCUGGGAAAAGGUAAUGGCAGUCAAUACUACCGGUCCCAUGAGAACAAUGAGGAAAGCCAUUCCCAUCAUGUCCCAAAAGAAGAAUGGAGCGAUCAUCAACAUUGCAUCGUUGGGAGGCCUUCAUGGUGGCCGAGCAGGUAUUGGUUAUACCGCAAGCAAGCACGCACUGAUAGGAAUGACCAAGAAUGUUGGUUUUCAUUAUGGUGAUCAAGGUAUUCGUUGCAACGCCAUUGCUCCUGGAAGUGUUCAGACCAAUAUUGAAGUUAAAAAUCCUCACCAUUGGGUGCAGGAAAGAUGUUUUUGGGAUCUCAAUUAA